AUGGGAAAUAACUGUGUGCAUGGCAGAUACUCAUUCCAGACUAUCUCUAAUUCUCUGUGGAAGAAUCGCUCACCCGAUAGGAUUGGAUAUGCAAACAGAGAGAUCAACGGUACUGAAGUUCCAUCCUCCAUGGCUAACAUUUCCAAGGAAUCAGAAGCUCGUUUACCUGUCCAACACACACCUCCUGAAAUGGUAAUUAUAGUCACAGAUGGGAGUAUUAAAUCCAAGCCUAUUAUUAGUUCUCAGGAAGUGAUCACGUUGAUGAAGGAAGACGAAAAACCAGCCAGUAAAGCUAACAAAUGGGAAGAUGUUGUCAAAGAAAACAAGGAAGUUGCAAACUCCAGGGAACCUGAAGAGCAGCCUAAACCAGCUGCUGCAGCUGUUAGACCAAAUCUGGUGGAAGAUGAAAAACCUGUACAGGUUUCUUGUACUGAGCUAAGUACCAAAGAAGAAACAGAGAAGCCUAAACCAGUUGCCAGGCCUGAGCAAAGGGGCCAGGCUGAGACGGAGAAGCCUAAACCAGUGGAGAACGAGAAGCGAAAGGUUCCUCGCAAUGUGAAGAGAAUGGCUAGUGCAGGCCUUCAGGUGGAUUCUAUUUUAAGAACUAAGACAGGGCAUCUUAAGGAAUACUACAAUUUGGGACCAAAACUUGGAAAUGGUCAGUUUGGAACUACUUUCCUUUGUGUGGAGAGAGCAACAGGGAAACAGUAUGCCUGCAAAUCGAUUGCGAAAAGGAAGUUAUUGACUCUGGAGGAUGUUGAUGAUGUCAGGAGGGAAAUUGAGAUUAUGCAUCACUUGUCUGGGAAUCCCAAUAUUAUUUCAAUCAAAGGGGCUUAUGAGGACAAUGUAGCUGUUCAUGUUGUCAUGGAACUCUGUUCAGGUGGCGAGCUUUUCGAUAGAAUUGUCAAGCGAGGGCAUUAUACAGAAAGAAAGGCUGCUCACUUAACCAGGACUAUUGUGAGUGUGAUUCAAACUUGUCAUUCUUUAGGUGUCACUCAUCGUGAUCUUAAGCCAGAGAAUUUCCUCUUUGUCAACGAGAAGGAAAACUCGCCAAUCAAGAUCAUAGAUUUUGGACUGUCUAUGUUCUUCAAACCAGGUGAAAGGUUCACAGAUGUUGUUGGAAGCCCCUAUUAUGUAGCCCCGGAAGUUCUUUGCAAGAAUUAUGGUGUAGAGGCUGAUAUCUGGAGUGCUGGUGUAAUUGUUUACAUUCUCCUCAGUGGUGUGCCUCCAUUUUGGGGAGAAAGUGAAAAGGAAAUUUUCAAAGAAGUGUUGCACGGUGAUCUUGACUUCUCAUCUGAUCCAUGGCCUAGAAUCUCUGAAGAAGCAAAAGAUUUAGUACGGAGAAUGCUUGUCAGAGAUCCCAGAAAGAGGCUAACAGCUCAUGAAGUUCUUUGUCAUCCUUGGGUUCAAGUUAAUGGGGUUGCUCCAGACAAGCCUUUAGAUUCUGCAGUCUUCAGCCGUUUGACACAGUUUUCUGCGAUGAACAAGUUCAAGAAGAUGGCUCUCAGGGUUAUUGCUGAAUGUUUGUCGGAGGAAGAAAUUGCGGGAUUGAAGCAAACUUUCAAGAUGAUAGACACAGACAACAGCGGCCAAAUUACUUUCGACGAAUUGAAGGCCGGAUUAAAGAAGCUGGGAGCCAAUCUCCAAGAAUCAGAGAUUUAUGAACUAAUGCGGGCUGCUGAUAUCGAUAACAAUGGUACCAUCGACUAUGGGGAGUUCAUAGCUGCAACAUUGCAUCUCAACAAAAUAGAGAAAGAGGCCAAUCUGUAUGCUGCAUUUCAAUAUUUUGACAAGGAUGGAAGUGGGUACAUUACAUUAGAUGAGCUCCAGAGGGCAUGCCAGGAAUUCGGCAUCCAAGAAUGCCACCUGGAAGAAAUGAUCAGAGAAGCUGAUCAAAACAAUGAUGGAUGCAUAGAUUACAAUGAGUUUGUGGCAAUGAUGCAUAAGGGAGUAGCUGAUUUUGGUAAGCAAAAAAUGGGGGAUGGGAUGGGGGUUGGAUAUAGGGAGGCAAUGCAGCUUGUGGUAAUGGAGUCCGAAAAUGGGGUAUUAACAGAAGAUGCAAAGAAUGGAGUUUUGGAAAUUGUUAAUGGAGAAGGACAAGAAGUUCAUCAUGACGUGGAGGAGGAAAGCGACAGUUUAAAACACAGUGAUCAAAUUUCUGAAACUGGAACAGAGGUGAAGGAAGCCAUUGAUACCUCGGUAUCAGAGGCUAAUUCAAAUACUAAGACGGCAAAUUCAGUUGAAAGUUCCAAAACCAAGAGUACGAAGAACAGUAAGACUAGUAGAAAUCAAGAGGGCUUGAAGGGCGGUGGUUCUUCAGCUUCGAUUACACGGAAACCGAGAGCAAGCUUGAGUCAGAGUUUAUCAUUUCCAGCCAAGAAGGGCUCUCAUCCAGAUGGUAUGAGGAGAAGCACUGAUUGGUUUCCUUCCAAAUUGGGUUCCAAAACAAAUCAUCAAACAAAUGGGGGAAGUUUGAGUUCGGGUUCCCGUUCCAAUCAGGGUGUAAAGACUAAUAAAAGUUCAGGGGAUGCAACAAGCAAGAGGACUGCUUUGGCUUCUCUGCCUUAUCUGAGGCAAUCUUCGUCGAUGAAAUCUACUUCUACCAGUGGAGGAGCUUCAAGAAAGGCAACCUCAGAGGAAUCAGUCACUAAACCUUCAGUUAAGGGGGAUGAUGAUGCUCAUUCUACCACUUCAUCAAGCGCAACUCCUUGUGGACAGCGGAGGACUAGUGCAAGUGGAUUUUCCUUCAGGUUGGAGGAACGUGCGGAAAAGCGAAGAGAGUUCUUCUCGAAGUUGGAGGAGAAGAUACAUGCAAAGGAAGAAGAGAAGUGCAAUUUGCAAGCCAAAUCCAAGGAAAGCCAAGAGGCUGAGAUUAAACAGUUGCGGAAGAGCUUGAAUUUUAAAGCUACACCGAUGCCAAGUUUCUACAAAGAACCCCCACCAAAAAUGGAGCUGAAGAAGAUUCCAACAACACGUCCCCUAUCUCCAAAGCUUGGAAGGGUUAAAACCUCGAAGAAUGAUUCUUCAGAAAAUGGCGAAACUUGUAAAGAGUCUGGAGCCGCAAAUGGUGAAAAGGCUAAUGCAGUUACUAAAAAGACAAUCAGAAGGAUUUCCACCAACUCCAAGCCUCAGUCUCCCCGGGAAUCAUCUGCAGCAGCUAAAACCGAAGGAAAAUCGGUAAAACCAAAAAUUAGACCACAGAAGUCCCUGCUUGAGAAGGGUUCACCAGAGAAGAAAUCAGAAGUUGUUUUGAAUGAAGAUGUGGAGGACAAUGGACCAGCUUCAAUUCAACCAAAUCCAGAGCUUGAAAUUCCUGUUGUAAGCUAA